AAGAGAGGGAGUGGAAGUGUGAGAGUGAGUGAGAGAGGAGAGGAAUGUCGUCGAACCCUCAAAAUCAAAAGCCAUGGAAAGCAGAGUACGCCAAGUCAGGCCGAUCGUCAUGCCGGACCUGCAAGUCCCCCAUUGACAAGGAGGUCUUCCGUCUCGGCAAGAUGGUUCAAUCCACCCAAUUCGAUGGCCUCAUGCCUAUGUGGCAUCAUGCUGAUUGCAUAUUGAAGAAAUCCAACCAGAUAAAAUUAGUUGAUGAUGUUGAAAACUUAGAGUCGCUUCGUUGGGAAGACCAGCAAAAGAUCAGAAAGUACAUCGAGAGUGGCGGUGGCGGUAGUGGUGGCACGCCAACGCCAAAAAAGGCUAACAAAAAUACUGAGUGUGGUAUUGAAGUUUCACAAACUUCUCGUGCUACUUGCAAGGAUUGUGGUCAAAAAAUCAUCAAGGGAGAGGUUCGAAUAUCCACUAAGCCUGAAGGUCAAGGUGCUAGGGGUUUGGCUUGGCACCAUGCCAAGUGUCUCAUGGAAUUAUCACCAUCGAUUCAAGUGGAUAAGUUGUCUGGAUGGAAUAGUCUCUCAUCUUCUGAUCAAUCAGCCGUCAGUGACUUGGCUAAGGGUCAUCCUAUGAAUAAGGGAGAUGGUAGUGAUACAAAGAUCGAGGCUGAAGAGUUUAAUGAAUCCGCACACCAAUCCACUUCCAAAGGUGGCACCAAACGGGGGAAGAAUGCCGAUAGUGAGCGGAAGUCAAAAGUUACUAAGGCCAAAGAGGAUGUGUCUGCAGGCAGGGCAGCAUCAAUGAAAAAUGCUGAUGGCUUAGGGGAAGCAUGUGAUCUGGAGACUAAACUGGAGGCCCAGAGCAAAGAACUCUGGGCUCUGAAGGAUGAUCUUAAGAAGAAUGUGACAACAGCAGAGUUGCGUGAAAUACUGGAAGUCAAUGGUCAAGAUUCAACAGGAUCAGAACUUGAUUUGCGUGAUCGCUGUGCUGAUGGAAUGAUGUUUGGAGCACUUGGUCAUUGCCCAAUAUGUUCUGGUUAUCUGCGUUAUUCUGGAGGAAUGUUCCGGUGCAAUGGAUACAUUUCUGAGUGGAGUAAAUGUUCCUACUCUACCAGCGAACCAAAACGUACUGAAGGGAAGUGGAAAAUCCCGGAGGAAACAAAUAAUCAAUACCUAAAAAAGUGGUUCAAAUCUCAAAAGGGGAAGAAACCAGUUAGGAUAUUGCCUCUGCCAUCAUCAAUGAACUCUGUUGAAAGUCAAAUUACUAAUUCCCAGCAGCAUCAAUCAUCAAGCAGUGAGAGUUUGAUGGAUUUGAAAGUUUCUAUUGCUGGAUUACCUAAAGAAUCUAUUGAGGAUUGGAAACGCAAAAUUGAUGGCGUUGGUGGGGUUUUUCAUGCAAAAGUGAAGAAAGAUACUAGCUGCUUGGUGGUCAGUGGAGCACUUAAUGAUGAAGCUGAGAUGCGGAAGGCAAGGAGGAUGAAAAUACCAAUAGUAAGAGAGGACUAUUUGGUUGACUGUAUGGAAAGAAAUAAGAAGCUUCCAUUUGAUAUGUACAAAGUUGAAAAGAUUGGUGAGGCUUCUAGCAUGGUCACUGUCAAAGUGAAGGGGCAGAGUGCUGUUCACGAAGCUUCUGGCCUACAGGAUUCCGGCCACAUACUCGAGGAAGGGAAAAGCAUAUAUAAUACAACUUUGAACAUGUCUGAUUUGUCUACUGGUGUUAACAGCUACUACAUUCUCCAAAUAAUCCAAGAAGAUAAGGGGUCAGGUUGCUAUGUGUUUCGUAAAUGGGGUCGUGUGGGAAAUGACAAGAUUGGAGGAAAGAAACUGGACGAAAUGCCAAAAGGUGAUGCAAUCCGUGAAUUCAGACGAUUAUUCUUUGAGAAAACUGGAAAUCCUUGGGACGCUUGGGAACAAAAGACUAUUCAGAAGCAACCUGGAAGAUUUUUCCCAUUGGAUAUUGAUUAUGGAGUUAGCAAGCAGGUGUCCAAAAAAAUUAAAAAUGAAGAUAGUAAACUACCCUAUCCAUUAAUAGAAUUGAUGAAGAUGCUCUUCAAUGUGGAAACAUACAGAGCUGCCAUGAUGGAAUUUGAGAUUAAUAUGUCCGAAAUGCCACUUGGGAAACUGAGCAAAAGUAAUAUCCAAAAGGGGUUUGAAGCAUUAACGGAUAUACAAAAUUUGUUACAAACUAGCAAUCCUGAUCCAUCAGUCAGGGAAAGCUUGCUUAUUGAUGCCAGCAAUCGGUUCUUCACUAUGAUCCCUUCUAUUCAUCCACAUAUAAUUAGGGAUGAUGAUGAUUUUAAGUCAAAGGUGAAAAUGUUAGAAGCCCUUCAAGACAUUGAAAUAGCCUCAAGAUUAGUUGGAUUUGAUGCCAACAGUGAUGACUCCAUUGAUGAUAAUUACAAGAAGCUCCACUGUGAUAUGUCUCCACUUCCUCAUGACAGCGAAGAUUUCCGUUUAGUUGAGAAGUUUCUCCAUAACACCCAUGCCCCCACUCAUACGGAUUGGAGUCUUGAGCUAGAAGAAGUUUUUUCACUUGAAAGGGAAGGAGAGUUUGAUAAGUUUGCUCCUUACAGGGACAAACUUGGUAACAGAAUGCUCCUAUGGCAUGGUUCUAGGUUGACAAACUUUGUUGGAAUUCUGAGCCAAGGACUGAGAAUUGCCCCUCCUGAAGCCCCUGCGACUGGAUAUAUGUUUGGCAAAGGGGUUUACUUUGCUGACCUGGUCAGCAAGAGUGCUCAGUAUUGCUUCACGGAUAAGAAAAACCCUGUUGGUCUAAUGCUUCUGAGUGAAGUUGCCCUUGGAGAUGUCUAUGAACUCAAAAAAGCUAAGUAUAUGGACAAACCUCCAGUAGGAAAGCACUCUACUAAAGGACUGGGCAAGAAAAUGCCUCAGGAAUCAGAAUAUGUAAAGUGGAGGGAUGAUGUCGUCGUUCCUUGUGGCAAACCAGUGUCAUCAAAUGUCAAGGCAUCUGAACUCAUGUACAAUGAGUAUAUUGUUUAUAAUACUGCUCAAGUCAAGAUGCAAUUCUUAUUGAAGGUGAGGUUCCAUCACAAAAGGUGAGGUUUGGAAACUAGAGGUUUUCUGUUUUGGGGCUUUAUGUGUACGUAGCAGUUUUUUUGACCAGGACUAGUACAUAUUCCAUCUGGUAUUCUCUAAAAUUGUCUAGGAAAGGUCUCAUUUUGAGUUGACGGGAGAUCUUUCAACCUUUUUUUUGGUGUGUUUGUAAGUGCAGCCUGUGCAGGGAUCUAGUUGAAACUCGUCAUUUUGUAGCAGAAAUAUCUAAUGCAAUUUGUGAUCUGGUUGUGUGUAGAAUAGACCACCGUUUUAAUGUCAAACUGUGUUAUCGUGC